AUCCGUCGGAGCAAACAAUGUCCGGCGUCUGAAUGUUGGGAAUAUCAGCAGCGUCGGGUGGUGAUGAAAAGCCUCCUCGUCACCGAUCCCUCAUCUUCCUCGUCUCGCCUUUCCUCCGUCUGAUACGACACACGAACCCAUUUGUCCAACACGUCGUCUUCUUUGUUCUGUGCGCCCGAGAGCGACGGCUCGAACGCCCUGUCUUUCGCCGGCUUGCUGGCAAGAAGGGGCGAGGGGGCUGGCGAUGCUGUGUCUCUGGCGGAGUGCUCGGAGAGGGGGCUCUGGGGUGGGACGGUGACUGGCAUGACUGGCGAGGAACAGUGAUGUGGGCUCAUUAAGGAGGGCUGCAUCAGAUGCCGCAUGCCAGGCGAGGACGUGGCGGGUGGAGGUUCGCCUCUGUUCUCAUGCCUGCUGUUCUUCUUUCGCAUCAUGUCGACGAUCCUCUCGCGCAGAGCCGCGUCAAGGGCAUCCGACGGAAACGGAAACGUAUGUGCCUGCCCCUCCUCUAAUGCUGACAGCGCCGUCCGCAUCAGUGGACCUCUGUGUCUCAGCGGCAGGCUCACGUCACUUCUGUCCUGCUGCAGCGGCCCUUUGUUGUGCCGGCUGUUGGUCAUCAUAGCAGCAGUCGAAAGAAACGAGCGUCGAGAGUGGAUGGGGGACUGUCGAGCUCGUUGAAAGGGAUGUGCAAGGAAGGCCCCCGGCGCAGUGAUCGAGUACCUCACUCUGGGCCGCACACGAGCGGCUGACAAGGCCGUUGGCACAGCGGCUUGGCCUUGGUUGGAUGCGCUUGCUUGCGAGGCAGGGAGACUCUGGGUGUCCCACUCAGGUAGCUCGUUAUCAGGUAGGGACGCCGGAGGGAUGGAGACACCAGCGGAGUCUCUAUCCGCAUGCGGGGAGACGGAUGACGCCCGCGAGCGGAUGAGGAAGCGGUCGGAAAGGCGACGAAUCGGCGCCAACACACUGCGAGACAGGAUCUGCAGCGACAACGAGAGGACACAUGGUGCUGUCGACUGCCAAGUUGUGUGUCUCGAUCCAUCUGUUGACCUGUGAGAAAGUGGUCUCGGUGAGGGUGGGCUUCCGAAAGACUGACACCCGCCCCGGCCGACUGAGGUACCCCUGCCCAUCAGCAGCCCCAUCCUGCGGGCCCUGGCCUGGAACUCCGAGGACGAGGAGGCGGCCGACUCCAGGCAGGGACUUUGAAGCAUCGUUGUCCUGAUGGUUUAUGGCCUGCUGGCUGCGGUGCUCAAUGAUGUGCGAGAGAAGGACAGGGUCGAGUCCCUGACAAAGAAGGGACAGCGGAGAUGAGAUGGCUCUAGGUCUAUGGCUUUUGGUUGCUGUGUCCAUUUUUGUGUGGUGUCUCUGAUUGGCAGUCUGACCGAGAAUAGCUCGACUUGUAGCAGGUCCGCUGUCUUGAGGAGCAGCCGUCGAUCCUUCUCUGAGACACGGCUCCACAAUCGGAUGAAACGCUCCUCCUGCAAUCCACCAGCGACACAGCAGAAAGAUACAUACAUGUGCCACCUUCAUGCUCAUGCGCCUACAUGCCGCAGACAGCCCGACAUCGCACGCCACACUUGUUUGGCGUAGUGCUCCUCCUUGGUCGACCGCGGCAGGAAGGGGAACCUCACAGCCACCUCCUCCAGGAAGCUCCGUGGCGCCUUCGAGAAGCGCCUGGGGUCGGCAGAGAGAUGCCCAGCUGCGUUGUCAGCCUGCAUCAGCUUGUUCCGCCGCUGCAUAUACUCGGACAAUGUCGUCAGCCAGAUGGUCGCCAGGCGGCAGAAGAAAAAUAUGAAAAAGGAGGCUGCAUGCAAGGCAGAGCGGAGAAGAGGGCGCUAUAGGUGAGAAGGGAGGAGAGAGUGAUAGACAUACCGGCGACAACGAUGGCCGUGAGGAUGACGAUAUCGAGCAGCACGAAAGCCCAGCGCCGCUUGUUGGCGUCAGACUUGAGAAGUGCUGAAAGAGAGACACACGUGCGCUCACUUCUCCUGUAUGGGUAUCUGUAUUGUGCCCUUACCGAGCAUUGUGAUCUGAAGAAUGAUCAGGAUCUCAUCGUUCCAAUUCACAUACCACGCACGCCAAGGCCAAAAGUGGGCUUGCAGCAGUGCGCUCGUCAGCAGGAUUCCCUGGACGAGCAGCACUUUGAGGAAAGGAUCUUCCACAAAAGUAACCAUCACCGACGUCAGCAGGUGGCGGUAGAUGAGCACCAGCGACCACCAGUAGACAUCAGAGUUAUAGGGCAGGAAGAGAAAGCGGAAUCUCUCCUGGAAGUCCCGGCUGUUGGAGGACUCCCGGGGCGCGAUGCGGAGGAUAUAUAUCCACGAAACGUUCAGACACAGCUGUAUGCACACACACACAUAUAGAGAGAAGUGGCCACCAGUGAGACAUGAAUAUCCAUGAAAAGGCGUCUUGUUACUCCGUAGAAGAAGAGCCCCACAGCAGCCGGCGUCAUGAGUCGCAUCCACUCCUUGCUCGAGUAGCAGAUGAUCUCUGGGUACUGAUAGUUGCUGCGGCUGCCGUCACUGUGGUGGAACGAACAAUGGAAGGGCAUCAGCAUCAGGUGGCUCAACGAGAUGUAUAGCACCUGCCACACACACGAAACACUUGUACAAAGACACCCACACACACCUGUCUCUCUUUGCUCUGACCUCGAAGAGCACGCCACACGAAUUAAAAAUCUUGUUCCAUCGGAGGGGCUUUGAACGAUGGUUGAACAGCGUCUUCUUGACACGAGCAACCACCCAGGACAUCAGCCACAGCACCACAAACCCGCCAGGGAUGGCCAGCGGGCACAUAAGCACCGUCGUGAACCGAAGAGUGUAGUUCUCUCCCCACAGGCAGCCGAACUCCGGGAUGACAAAGUCCAGAGGGAUGACUUCGAGGGCUUCAAUCACUUCCUUGGCAAGCUUGGGCCAGGUCAGAUCGAUCUUGCCAUAGAGCGUGACGCUUUCGAGGAAGAAUAUCAGGGAGUUGAGGGACGCUGCGAACUCGUAGGCCGGCACCCCGCUGAUCUCGGUUGUGUCCAUGUCAAAUGCGAAGUAGCAGAACCAGAGCACGAGCAAGAGUCCCGCUGACGAGGAAAGGAAGACGGGCGUCAUCAUCGGACACGCACGGCAUCGGUCCUCGUCAAGCCAAUAGCCUGACUCACAUUCCUUGUGUGCAAAUGGCGAUUCGGCCAAGUGUUGAUUUCCUUCUCGCAUACCGUUCUCGCACGCCGAGCAUGUGCGGCCGUAGGUGUGCUCGCGACAUGGCGAUUGGUGCGUGGUGUUGACCAAGCCCCCUGGACACAGACCCAUCUCCUUGCACUUGUACACCACGAGAAGGCCGUCUGUUCUCUGCAGGGCGAGGGCGUGAUAGAUAGCCCUUGUCGAUACGAAUGCGACCAUCAGCGGAACACCGGGAAC